GGGGCGGCAGGGGCGGGCAGAGGCCUCACUGGGAGCGCGGGGAGGAGCGAAGGGGCCUUGAGGGCUCCUCGAAAAAGUGGGGCUGGCGGCCCGCGGCAGAAACGAUCGUGGCGCGCUGGCCAGAGACGGAACGGUGUUCCCAGAACUGUCGGAGGAGACGGCUUAAGGGGCGGACUGACAGACGGCAGGAAGGGCCAGCAUGCCCCUACUGUUGCACCCCGCCUGGCCGCUGCUCCUGGGCGCCACGCUGACCUUCCGGGCACUCCGGCGCGUGCUCUGUCGCCUGCCCCUGCCUGCACACGUGCGAACCGACCCCCUGCGUACCUGGCGUUGGCACAACCUACUCGUCUCCUUCACCCACUCCAUUGUAUCAGGGAUCUGGGCACUGCUGUGGUGAGUGAACAACCCGGGGUAAAUGAGAUGGCCGUGGGAUCAUUCGCGGGGUGCUCGGACUGGGCUCCUGUUGCUAUUCCCAUCACUCCCAUCAUGGGUGAACAGACGCCAAGGAUCUCACCUGAUUCCGUUUGGAAAACUACCCAACCAAGAACGGCUGUGGGAAACCCAAGCUUAUGGCAAACCCCUGAAAUGCUGGUGGAGAUUGAAACGGCGUGGUCAGCUUCUGGCUAUUUGCUUGUCUGCUUCUCUGCAGGGUACUUUAUCCAUGACACAGUGGACAUUGUGGUCAGCAGGCAAACUCGAGCUUCUUGGGAGUACCUUGUUCAUCAUGUCAUGGCUAUGGGCGCCUUCUUCUCUGGUAUCUUUUGGAAAAGAUUUGUUGGUGGUGGCGUGUUAACACUACUGGUGGAAGUCAGCAACAUCUUCCUCACCUUAAGGAUGAUGAUGAAGAUAAACAAUGCUCAGGAUCUCCUCCUCUACAAGGUCAACAAGUAUGUCAACUUGGUCAUGUACUUCCUCUUCCGACUGGCCCCCCAGGCCUACCUCACCAAGUUCUUCCUACAGUAUGCUGGCCAGAGGACCCUGGGAACUUUCUUGUUGGCCAUCCUGCUUAUGCUGGACUUGAUGAUACUCAUCUACUUUUCUCGCCUCCUCCGCUCUGAUUUCUGCCCUGAUCGUGCACCCAGGCGCCAACAAAAAGACAAAUUCUUGACUGAGUGAGAAAGUAGAACCCAGGACUCGUGAGAGGGAUGGCAAGCACAGCUCUAGAACAUAAACUAGGACUCUGCCCCAAGCCUGGGUGUACUCUGGGGCCAGCCUUUCCACCUUAAGCUUACACCCACACUAUUGAAAACACUAAUGAAAGCUCUCUGAAGUCCUGUUCUUGGGCAAGGGUUGAGGGAAGCAGACCAACCGGUUGGGCAUGGUAAAUGGGUGAGGACAAGACACUGUCCAAAAGCCAGCCAACCCAUACUGCCCUGAAAUGGAUGCUGACAAUUCUAAAAUAACCCCUCUGCCCUUCCAAGCCCUGGUGUUGGUUUCACACAAGCUUCUACCAGGGAAGGAAUUCUUGUAAAGCUUGUCCUUUGAGCCUGUGAUGGAGCAGUGUCCCAGGACAACUAACACCUGUCUAAUAAAUGGCCCUGGUGCUGAGCGUGGGGACUGCAUCAUCAUGUGUCCCCAUUGGGUUAAGCA